AUGAGUUUUUUAUGGGAUUGGUUUACUAGUAUUUUAUCAACACUUGGUUUACAUAAAAAAAGUGGUAAACUUGUAUUUCUUGGUCUUGAUAAUGCUGGAAAAACAACUCUAUUACAUAUGUUAAAAGAUGAUCGACUUGCUCAACAUGUACCAACUCUACAUCCGACUUCAGAAGAAUUAGUUAUUGGGAACAUGAAAUUUACAACAUUUGAUUUAGGUGGCCAUAUUCAAGCUCGUCGUGUAUGGAAAGAUUAUUUUCCAGCUGUUGAUUCAAUUGUUUUUCUUGUUGAUGCAGCUGAUCGAAAUCGUUUUGCUGAAACAAAAGCCGAACUUGAUGGUUUAUUAACAGAUGAACAAGUUACUAAUGCACCUAUUGUUAUACUUGGAAAUAAAAUUGACUUACCGGGUGCUGCCAGUGAACAAGAACUUCGUUAUAUACUUGGUAUAUCUACAGCAACAACGGGAAAAGGAAUUAUUCCUCGUUCGAGUAUUAAUGGUCGUCCAAUGGAAGUAUUUAUGUGCAGUGUAUUAAGACGAGAAGGUUAUGGAGAAGCAUUUCGAUGGCUUUCACAGUAUUUAUAA